AUGGGUUCAGUUUUGCUGUUAUUUUUUGUUGUGGAUCUUGUGGUCUUCAACUUUCAAGCUGCAAAGAUGGAUCCCGUUUUAACGUUAAAAAGAUCUUCAAAAAACGACGCAAAUGCUUGUAAUUUCUGCCAAACAAGUCUUAAAGAUGAACAUUUGGGAGCUGCUACUGAUCAUAGCAGAUCGGUGAUUUUGCGCAGUAAGUUUAGAGAUGGUGGGAACAGCGAAACAAUCAGUAGGCUGGAAGAAGUCAUAAAUUGUAUUGAUACUUCAAUCGUUUGGCAUGUCAAAUGCUAUUCCCUAUUUACAAGCAAAGACAAAAUUCAGCGCCUGGAGAAAAAGAACAACAAAGAUGAGUCGUCUGCAAGACCAACCUAA